AGAGGUUCAAUUAGGGUUUUAGUACAACGCUUUCAUUUCUUUUCAAGUCCUCAACUUCCUUUGAGCAUCAAAGAGAAAAUGACUUUCUGGGGGAUUGAAGUAAAACCAGGAAAACCUUAUACUUUUAAUACUGAUGAUUUGGGUGGUAAACUCAUAUUAACUCAGGCUACACUAGGAAGCGGCUCAGCGACGAAAAAGAGCAUUCUUCAGGUCAAAAUAGGACAUAAAAGUCCAGUCUACCUCUGCACUUUGUUGCCCGAUAAAUUGGAGUGUUGCUCACUAAAUCUUGAAUUUGAGGAGGAUGAUGCAGUGGUUUUUUCUGUUAUUGGUCCGACUAGUAUUCAUCUUUCUGGCUUUGUUCAUGGAGACUAUGGAGAUGAUGAUGAUGAAGAUUCCGAUUCAUAUGGGGAAGAUAUUGAUGAGAGCGAGUCAGAAAGUAGUGGAUUUGAAGCUGAUGAUGAUUUGGAUGCUUUUCUUAAUGAGGAUGAAAGCAUGUUCCCGCCUUCAUCCGUCCCAAAAAGUGGAGUUGUUAUUGAGGAGAUAGUUGAUGAUGAGAAGGCUACAAGUGAAAAUCCCGGAACCAAACAAUCAAAGAAGAAAAAACAGUUGGCUGAUUCUAACAACGAAAAAAAGGGUGAACAACAAAUUGUUGUUAAGGGAACUUCUGGUACCUCAGUGCUGGAGAGUGAAGAUGAAGAUGGUUUUCCUGUUUCUUUAUCUCGUGAAACUGAAACUAAUUCUGAAAUUCUUGAAGCAAAGACGACAACAGGAACAGCCGAAGGAAAGAUAACAAAAAAGAAGAAAAUUGAAGUUGAAGAGGCUGAAUCUUUAAGGAGUUUGAAAAGGAAGGUUGAAUCUAUCGACAAAAAUGAUGAACAGAAAAGUGGUGCUAUUGAAGCUGGUGAUGGAGAUGCAUCUAUAAACAAAAGGAAGAAGGAUAAGAAGAAAAAGAAGGCCAAGACUGAAAAAAACGAAGAGGUAGCAGAUCUAAAGCAAGAUGCAAGCAAUAAAGAUGAAAAGCAGACAAUCAAACCCGAGAAGGAAACCAAGAAAUCUAAUGAUAAACAUGCCAAAGUUAGGACCUUUCCGAAUGGAUUGGCCAUCGAGGAGUUGAAAAUGGGAAAACCUGAUGGGAAGAGAGCUUCUCGUGGAAGCAAGGUUAGUGUUUACUACAUCGGGAAGUUGUUGAAGACUGGCAAACAUUUUGACUCCAACAUCGGCAAAAAGCCGUUUAAAUUCCGUCUAGGUAUUGGACAAGUCAUCAAGGGUUGGGAUGUUGGUGUUGAAGGCAUGCGAGUUGGAGAUAAACGAAGGCUAACUAUUCCACCUUCAAUGGGUUAUGGGGCUGCUGGUGCUCCGCCUCAGAUCCCGUCUAAUGCAUGGCUACUCUUUGACGUUGAAUUGGUGGAUGUCGCGUGAUAUGGAUUGCUUCCAUGGAAAGUUUCUUUGUGGUAAGACGUUUUCAAGCUGUCUGAGUGUUUAUCGAAGUUUUGACACAAGCAAGUCAUCCAUGGAUGCAAAAUUUUGUUUCUUUUAUCUUAAGAGAGAUUUUUUGAGAGGUGUAAAGUUGUGAUGUUGAUUCAACUGGAACAGCUCGUUUGUUUUACUUGAUUUUGAUGCAUAAUGAAAUUUAAAACACUUUGAACUGCAAAAGCCGAUGAUUUGGCUCCCCCCUUUUAUGCAAGGAAACUACAGUUGUUGGAUUUAGUUAAUCAGUCACUACUAGACCCGUGCAACGGUCUGGGCCGCUGGAGGACCCGGAUUUCACUUCAUUUUGCGGGUUUUUAACAGGCCGGGCUUAAACUAUAGUAGGAAGAUGAACAACUUAGCGGAAUAUUGAACAAACUCGUAGUAAAAUAAAUGCAUAGACAGAGAACACUGAAAUUUAUGAGAUUCACCCAACAUGACUUCGUCCAAAAUGGUUCUUUUAAUUAUUUUAUUUUAAUGAAAAUUUGGAGCUCAAACUAUGAACUCUUGAACAAAUUACAAUCGACAUAGAAAAUUGCAAGUUUUGGAUAUAUUUGUCGGGUUUUUGGUGUGUAUUGGCAUAACUUAGAGCACUACAAAUGGAUCCACAUAGUGAUUCGAUAUUUAUCCGAUCUUUUAAUCAAAUUCGACUUGACCCAAUUUUAAAAUAAAUUUUACAUUUUAAAUUAUAUAAAAACCAAUGUGGACAUAAAAUCAAAUUUUAAACCGACUCAAAACAAUGCGAAGACUCGAAUGAACACGUCUAGAUCCUCCAUGUACACGACACCGUCUACACCAUGUGAACAAAAGAGCCUAAUUGAACCUCAUUCAGGGUAGUCUCCAAUAGGACCUCAAAAGUACUACUCACGGGGUAUAUAGAGUUGAAAUCAUAAGCACACUAUUCUCUGAUUCAAGCAUGAGGCCUAAUUAUAGAAAAACUGUCGCAAUCUCGAUAAUUUGUACAUUAUCACGUAUAGAACAUGACA